AUGGUAGAAAACGGACAAUCGCAUACUAAAGUUGAAUCUACAACUGAGACAACUUCUACUUCAACAAGUCAAGAAUCUACUAAUGAUCCAUUUUAUAGACUAUCAUUUAAAGUAGGAGUAGCUGAAAAUAAAAAUGGAACAUUCAGAAAUAAAAUGGAAGAUGUUCAUACUUAUAUAGCAAAUUUUGCCGAAAUGAUAGAUUGGGGUUAUUUUGCUAUAUUUGAUGGACAUGCUGGAAAAGAUACUGCUAGAUGGUGUGGAAAUAAUUUGCAUACAUUAUUAGAACAUGAGAUCGAUUUGGAAUUGAAUAAGAGUCUAUUCAAAUCAUUCAUAAAAGCUGAUGAAUUAAUUGAAAAAGAAGGAGUAGGAUCUUCAGGUUCAACCGCUGCUGUGGCAGUAUUGAGAUGGGAAUUACAUGAUGAUCAAGGUAUUGAUAUAUCAUCAACUAGUUCUAAUUCUAAAAAUCCUCAAUAUGAAUUUAUACCUACUAAGAAUCAUAAAAGAAUGUUAUAUACUUCAAAUGUGGGAGAUUCAAGAAUUGUAUUAUGUAGAGGAGGUCAACCAUAUAGAUUAUCAUAUGAUCAUAAAGCCACUGAUAUUAAUGAAAUUAAUAGAAUUAAAGAAUCAAAUGGUCUUAUAAUGAAAAAUAGAGUUAAUGGUGUAUUGGCAGUUACUAGAUCUCUUGGAGAUUCAUAUAUGAAAGAUUUAGUAAUUGGUAAACCAUUUACUACUUCAACUGAAAUAACUGAUAGUGAUGAUUUUAUUAUACUUGCAUGUGAUGGGGUAUGGGAUGUCAUAAGUGAUUUAAGAGCAUGUAAUUUUGUUUUAGAACAAUUUAAUAAAGAAAAUGCUGAUGAUCCUCAAAAAGUGGCAAAGAAAUUAUGUCAAUUAGCAAUGGAUAAUUCUACAACUGAUAAUGUUACUGUAAUGAUUGUUAAAUUUGAUAAAGAUAUCUUUGAUCAAAAGGAAGUGGAAGUAGAAUUGACUAAAUAG